AUGUCCACCUCAUCACAGUCUGCCCUCCCAUACAGUGGCUCCUGCCACUGCGGGUUCAUUCAAUAUGUGGCAGUAAUUCCCCUGCCACCAGCCAAGGCGCUUGACCCCCACCAAUCGACGCUAUCGGGGGCGCGAUUCUACAAAUGCAACUGCACGACCUGCCAGAAAAUGGGUUACUUUCAUAUGCGCCUCCCGGACGCAGCGAAUCAAUUUUUCGUCUUAUCUCCGUCUGACCUGGAAUCGAUGGGUGACUAUCGCUGUGGCAGCGGUCGCGUGCAGUGGUUCUUUUGUCCUAAAUGCGGAGUGCGGUGCUUCGCGACCGCAGGGCCGUGGAUGAAGGAUGAGAUCGACAGGGACCUGGUUGACAAGGCGAUUUCGCCGAAGAGAUUUGAAGGGAGUGAUGGGCUGUCUGUGUGGAGGAUGGAUCCGGCUCUGUACCAGGAGCACAAGACAGGGUAUGUGAGUGUCAAUGCGCUCACCAUUGACCAGGACCAGCUGCAUGAACAGAGUCUGGAUCUAAGGCAGUUGGUCGACCAGAAAGUAGUUGAGUAUAUGGAUUGCAAGGAUAGGAAGGUGGAGAAGAGAUACACCUAUCCUCAUGAGGGGGGAACGUGGUGA